UUAACGUAACUAAGUUUUCAGAUUCCACAUGGCCACUAACCUUUAAGAAACAACCACUUGCUGAAUUUUGGUGUAGUAUCAAAGAAGAAUACCCACAUUUCUCUGAAAAAGCCAUUGAAAUACUCCUCCUUUUCUAUUUAUACAUGUGUAAGAGGCAUAUUUUAUUCACAUACCAAUUAAAAUAACAUAUUGCAACAGAUUCAGUGCAGAAAUAGGUAUGAAAAUCCAGCUGUUUUAAGUUAAACCAGACAUUAAAAGAAUUUGUAAAAAUGUAAAACAUUGACACUCUUGUCAUUAAUUAUUUUGUCUUGGAAAGUAGUCUUCAUAAAAUGUUAUUUAUGUUAGCAUGUAAUGGCAUUAUUGUUAUUUUUAAGUGAGUUACUAAAUAUUUUAAACAUUUCUCAGUUUUAAUUUCUAACGUGGUAAAUAUCAGUACAUAUAACCAACAGUGGGCUGAGCUGGCUUGUGAGAGCCGAUUGUGUACAUCUUUUUCCAGCUUUGUGUUCAGUGUCACCCAUUGGUAGCUUGAAAUCUGCCAUAGUAGGAGUAUUGAAAUUACAGAAAUCUGCAAAAGUUACCCAUAGCAUUCUCCCUUCCCAGGAGCUGCUUGUGCGUUUACAGCAUCCUGCUGGAUAUAAAUCACAUAAACAAAAGUUAUUUGAGGUCAUCAGUAAUUUUUAAGAGUGGAAAGGUGUCCUGAGACUAAAAAGUUUGAGAAUUGGUCAUUUGGCAAAGGAGUACCCUUUGGCAGUUGGUUCACAAAGAGAUGGAUCCUUUUUUAUAAUUCAUGCAGGGAACAUUUGUAGAGUAAAUCUAGUGGUUUUUAAACUUCUGGUUGUUAAAUCUGCUGGCUCCAUUGUGGAAUGCCCUUUUUCUUUCCCCUGAAAUCUAAAGUAGGCAAUAAAACUCCAGGAGCAGGUGGGCUGAAUUUGCCCCGUGGGCUACAUGUUGGGUGUCUCCGGCCCGGUUUCUCGCUUUUCUGUCCAGCUAUUACCCAGGCCACAGCAAGGCCCAGCUCAGUCGGCAGCUUCUACACAAGGCCUCCACUUGUUGUUCAGCCCCAUACUGGUCUUUCGGUUCUGUGCUCCUGUGGUUUUCAUGACCUGGACAAUGGAGCAAUUAGUUCUGUACUGUUUGUGUGCUGUUGUUUCUUAGGUGUUGGUUUUAGCAAUUCUGCUUUCCACCCUAGGGCACCUAGUUCAAUGCUCUCCACAUAGGUUCUCUUGCAUGGAUAGAAGAGUUUUUACUUUUGGAUUGCCGAAGAAGUUUAACUUCCAAGAGAAUGAUGUUUUAAAUAAAUCUAAUUACUUGUUAUAAACCCAGUUUUUAAUAAUUCUUUUUAAAGUAUUAGAGUAAGUAGAUUGGAAAUGAUUGGUUUUCCUUAAAGUGAGGUCCAACGGAAGCUUUCUUCAAAAUUUGUUUUAGAUUCUGUGGUCUGCCACCACUCAUGAUAGAAACUAGUAGCUUCUUUCAUGUCCAAAGUCUUCGGUGUUGAGUUAAGUCAUAAUGAAUAGUGAAACUUAGUAAAAUGAGGCAAAGUUUGUAAGAUUACACUGGCCUCUAGGACAGUUGUGUACUAAUUAGAAACUUGGCAGGUUUUGAGUCCAGAGAAGUGAAGGUUUUAUUGUGUUUUACUGGUAGGGAUCUUUGUCCAAAGCACCCAAGGUAGCUGGUAAACGGCUGUUCUCUCCUGUCUGUGCAAGCCAAGUGAUGGUUCUGGCCCCUCUGGAUGCUUGAGUUGGGGGGAAAGAAUUGUGCCAGGGCCACAUAGGCUCCAAGUCAUGAGCUUUCUCUGGUUCGGAGGUGCGAGGGGCAUGAGAGGUCCUGGAAUUUCUUUGGCCUGUGCCCUUUUUGUGACUGUUGGGGCAUAAAAGUAACCGCAGUUUUCAUCAGUAUAGAGACAAGGCAUUAGCUUGUGUCUGGAGUAAUACUAUAAUAUCAUAUGUCAGAAGUUUCAUUUAUUAAAAAAUAAUUUACCAUCUUUAAGUUCUGUCUCCGAUUUCUCUUAAGAAGUUAAGGAGGGUGGUUUAUACUCUGGCCUAAAGAAGGCUUCACUGUUAGCAGUUGUGAGGUCGCAGUGAGGUAGUUUAACUGCUUUAGAACUUUGUGCUUGGAACAUUCUUAGCCACCAAAGCAUGGGAACCGACAGUGAGGAGCAUGGGUUCUUUAAUAUCUGUCACAUCAGAGAAUGACUGUUCCAGGACAGUAACCAUCUCCUAAUGGUUUCUGUAGCUGGGUCAGGCACCGGAAGAGGCUCCCCAGCUGUAACUCUAGUACAGUUACCUUCAGGCCAAACUGUACAUGUCCAGGGAGUAUUUCAGACACCACAGCCAUCGGUUAUUCAGUCACCACAAUUACAGACUGUUCAGGUAGCAACAAUUGCAGAGACAGAUGAGUCUGCAGAAUCAGAAAGUGUAAUUGAUUUUCAUAAACGCAGAGAAAUCCUUUCACGAAGACCCUCUUACAGAAAAAUACUGAAUGAACUUUCCUCUGAUGUGCCUGGUGUUCCCAAGAUUGAAGAAGAAAAAUCCGAGGAAGAAGGGACGUCACCUAAUAUCGCUGCAAUGGCAGUGCCGACUAGCAUAUAUCAGACUAGCACGGGGCAAUACAUUGCUAUAGCCCAAGGUGAAGCAAUCCAGAUUUCUAACCCAGGAUCUGAUGGUGUUCAGGGACUGCAGGCAUUAACAAUGACAAAUUCAGGAGCUCCUCCGCCAGGUGCUACAAUUGUACAGUACGCAACACAGUCAGCAGAUGGCACACAGCAGUUCUUUGUCCCAGGCAGCCAGGUGGUGGUUCAAGAUGAGGAAACUGAACUUGCCCCAAGUCACAUAUCUGCCACCACUGGUGACAUGCCGACUUACCAGAUCCGAGCUCCAACUACUGCUUUGCCACAGGGAGUAGUGAUGGCUGCCUCGCCGGGAAGCCUGCACAGUCCCCAGCAACUAGCAGAGGAAGCAACACGCAAACGAGAGCUGAGGCUAAUGAAAAAUAGGGAAGCUGCUAAAGAAUGUCGACGUCGAAAGAAAGAAUAUGUCAAAUGUCUGGAGAGUCGAGUUGCAGUGCUGGAAGUUCAGAACAAGAAGCUCAUAGAGGAACUGGAAACCUUGAAAGACAUUUACUCUCCUAAAACAGAUUAGUAGAAAUAUUAAACUAUGAACUGAUUGCAAUAUGUACAGUUGCUUUUGAAGGCAAUACAAUAUAAAGCCAGCAAGAAUUAUGGCUUUUUUUUUCCCUUUAUCAUUCAUCGUAUUUUCUAAUCUCUAACAUUCCCAAACUGCUUCACUGUACGUAGUUAACUCUUAGCUGUAACUUCAAUUUUUUAAAAGAGGCAAACUGUAAAAAAAAAAAAAAAUUCUUAAAAUGCAACAUUUGUAAGGCUUGUUCCAGUGCCACAUAUUUGCAGUUCCCGAUCUCUGUGUCAUGAACAGUGUCCUAUGCAAUAAAAAUUUUUUGCAGGUCUUUAAAAAUCAUUUUAGGAAAGGAUGAUCAAAGAUAAUGCAUCCAGCAGUACAAUAAAAGUAAACCACAAAAAAUACCUCAGGAAAGAACUGAAAGAAAGAAAGAAUUGAAAGAAUCUAAUGACAUGCCUAUGUGAAAAUAAUAGCCUAUAAAUGAAUUUAUGGCAUUUGCAGAUUUUUAUAUUGGUUGCUUUGUAAAGAAAAUAUUGUAUUGCUGUCCUUGAAUGCCAUAGUUGAAGAGAGUUUUUAAUAGAACCAUGUUGGUUACACUUUGUAGUGUUUGGUGCUCAUUUAACUAUCUGAACAUAUACUACAGUUUUUACUCUUGUGUAACAUAAAAGAUCUUGCAGAAGUUUUUAGUGUCGGUUUGCUAUUACAUGAUGAACAUUAACGCAAAUUUUAAUAUCUGUCCUGAUUUAAAGGUUUAAGUUAGAAUUGUAUUUGCAUACCGUCAAGGGGGUCCACUGCCGAUUUCCACAGUGGGUCGUGAUCUCCGCAGUGUUCUUUCUGCCAUCUCAUCAGAAGCUCGGCCCCAGGGCUUUUACACAGAAGAGCAGCUAUGAGAGGUUCAGCUGGUAUGAUGGAGUAGGCCUUUCUGCAGAUGGUCUGGAAAUCUCCUGCUGGUGGCCCUCUAUUUUGAGUUUUGGCUAACAACCAUAGGAGUUUUGUUUUUUGUGUUUUAUAAAUUUAUUUAUUUAUU